UGGCAGCAGAAGGGUCACACCAGAAACCACAAGUGCUAAGAGUACUUCCCAGGUGAAACCCAAACUUCCACCGCCCUGCAUCUUUUCUCAUUCUUUUCCAGUGUUAUUCUCAUAGCCAUUGUGCAGGACAGCCCUGGGAAGGUUCUCUCCUCAGAAGGCAAGCUUUUGGCUGUGAUAUUAUUAUUAUUACAGUCAUGGCGCCUAAGAAGAAGAACAUCAAGAAGAGCAAGGUGGAUAUCAAUGAGCUGACUAUCAUAGUUGAGGAUGGACCUCUCAGCAAACUGAAUGGUCUGAAUGGCAUUUUGGAAGGAGGGAAUGGUUUCAGUUGUGUUUCAACAGAGGUUUCCGAUGCUCGCUAUGGUCCCAAUCUUUUAGAAGGGUUGUGUCGAAUGAGGUUAGAAAACUUCCUCUGUGAUUUAGUCAUUGGUACCAAAACCAAGUCCUUUGAUGUCCAUAAAGUAGUGAUGGCUUCAUGUAGUGAUUACUUCCACAAUAUCUUGAAGAAAGAUCCAUCCACACAAAGAGUGGACCUCAACGAUGUGUCUCCACUGGGCCUAGCUACGGUCAUUGCCUAUGCUUACACUGGGAAGCUCACACUUUCACUGUAUACUAUAGGGAGUAUUAUCUCUACAGCCAUUUAUUUACAGAUCCAUACCCUUGUGAAGAUGUGCAGUGAUUUUUUGAUGCAAGAAAUGAACGUGGAGAACUACAUGUACAUUGCCAACAUUGCAGAGACAUAUGGACUCAAGACCGCCAAGGAAGCAGCGCAGAAAUUCAUCCGAGACAACUUUAUUGAAUUUUCUGAGUCAGAUCAGUUCUUAAAACUUACCUUUGACCGAAUCAAUGAAUUACUUGCGGAUGAUGACUUACAGUUGCCUUCUGAACUUGUUGCAUUCCAAAUUGCAAUGAGAUGGCUGGAAUUUGACCAAAAAAGAGCAAAAUAUGCUGCUGAUCUUUUGAGUAACAUCCGGUUUGGUACCAUCUCUGCCCAAGACCUUGUGAAUUAUGUUCAAACUGUACCAAGAAUGAUGCAAGAUAUGGACUGCCAUAGACUCUUAGUAGAUGCCAUGAAUUACCAUUUGCUUCCAUAUCACCAGAAUACACUGCAGUCUAGAAGAACAAAGAUUCGUGGGGGAUUACGAGUCCUUGUAACAGUUGGAGGACGUCCAGCUUUGACAGAAAAAUCCCUUAGCAGAGACAUUUUAUGCAGAGAUCCUGACAAUGGGUGGAAGAGGCUUACAGAGAUGCCAGCUAAAAGCUUCAACCAGUGUGUCACUGUGAUGGAUGGAUUCCUCUAUGUGGCAGGUGGUGAAGACCAGAAUGACGCCAGGAAUCAGGCUAAGCAUGCAGUCAGCAAUUUCUGCAGGUAUGAUCCUCGUUUCAACACAUGGCUCCACCUGGCCAAUAUGAACCAGAAGCGCACCCAUUUCAGUCUGAAUGUGUUCAAUGGCCUCCUUUUUGCAGUUGGUGGUCGCAACUCUGAAGGGUGCCUCUCUUCUGUUGAAUGUUAUGUCCCUGCCGUUAAUCAGUGGCAAAUGAAAGCCCCGCUGGAGGUGGCUCGGUGUUGCCAUGCCAGCGCAGUCAUAGAUGGUAGGAUCCUGGUCACCGGAGGUUACAUAAAUAAUGCUUAUUCCCGUUCUGUUUGUAUGUACGAUCCUGCUGGCGACAGCUGGCAAGACAAGCCCAGCCUGAGCACCCCAAGAGGGUGGCACUGUGCCAUCUCUCUUGGGGAAAGGGUCUACGUUAUGGGGGGAUCCCAGUUGGGAGGUCGUGGUGAACGAAUUGAUGUGCUGCCAGUUGAGUGUUACAGCCCUUAUGCGGGCCAGUGGAAUUACGUGGCUCCUCUUCCAACGGGCGUGAGCACUGCUGGUGCUUCCACUCUCAAUGGGAAGAUUUACUUAGUGGGAGGCUGGAAUGAAAUAGAAAAGAAAUACAAGAAAUGCAUUCAGUGCUACAACCCAGAUCUGAAUGAAUGGACCGAAGAAGAUGAGUUACCUGAAGCUACCGUAGGUGUGUCGUGCUGCACCAUUUCCAUGCCCAGCACUAAAACCAGGGAAUCCAGGGCUAGUUCGGUAUCUUCAGUACCAGUCAGUAUUUAAAGAUUUCAUAAUGCAGGUUUAGAAGAGCUAGAUAUAAACCCUAUUAAAAAAUGUUUACUUCA